CAUCUCUCGUCACUCCAAUUCCUCAUUCUCUUCAAAAUCUCCGGCGACACUCACAAUCAACCACCACUACCGCCGCCUCUGCCCCUUUUCUUCCUUAUUCUUUGCCGACCGACCAGGACGUCAUCUCCUCGCCGCGCUACCGUGAAAUUGUGCUGGCCGCCCUCUUCUCAGUCUUAACUCAACGACAUCAGGAAGCCUUAAUCUAUUUGUUCAUCAGGGAUCUUUCUAUAAAAUAGACUUACAAGAAUGGCAUCUAAACGGAACGUCCGAUAUAGUCGUAUUGCUGAUGAUGACGAUGACUAUAAUAAUGGUAGUGGUCCAACUCGACAUGACCCUAGAUUUGAUUAUACUCCCAGAAGCUAUGACAAAGUUCCUUGGAAGUCGAUAGCUCUUGCAAUCUUUUUGCUGCUUCUUGGGUGUCUGCUUAUCUUGCUUGCAGUUUUCAUCUUCACUGGUCACAUGGGAGGCGAGCUCUCCCAAGCUUAUGGCCUCUUAGGACUAGGUUUGCUGACCUUCGUGCCAGGCUUCUAUGAAACUCGGAUUGCCUACUAUUCGUGGAGAGGUGCCCAAGGAUACCGGUUUGCCAACAUUCCCGACUAUUGAGGUUUUGCUUUGUUUCUAGUCGUGCCAUAUUCGUUUUUUACACAUUUAGCAUACAAGAUUCCUCUGUAAGAACUUGUGGCGUAUUCAUGUGUAUAAUACGUAGAACCAAGUGUGUGUAGUGUGUAAAUUCUUGAGUUAAGUUUAGCAUAAUUCUGGUGCCACACACUGAACUGUCGUUUACAAAUGUCCGGGACCGGAUCGGAUAGUUUUUUUGUGGUGAAUCUAUGAGCUAGAUGCAAAUUGACAAUGGCAUUGAGGAUCAUUUUGUUGGUUCUUUUA